UUUGUCAUCGCGCGCACUCAUCUGUUGAUCAACAACGCAAUUUCGCGCACUCCCGCCCGUUCGGUCACAUUUUCGUGAAAAUCCAGGAAAAGUUUUGCCCUCAAGUUUGUGCAACGAGCAAAAUGUCCGACGAACCGCAGCCGUCGUCGUCCAGCGCGAAGGCGGUCUGCCCGGUGUGCGACAAGCUGUUCACGGUGGAGGAAAUCGAACCGCACGUGGACCGGUGCCUAUUUUUGAACUCAACGGAAAACGGCGCCGGAGUUACGUCGUCGUCGUCGUCGAAGGAGCUGAAGAACAGCCAGAACCAGGUGCAGGCCAAGCGGAGUUUCAGCAUUUUUGAGAAGAGUCCGUCGGUGGCCUCUAAAAGGAGCAAGGUUGAGGAAGUGGGGAGUUCUUCGGUGCGGACGGUUGAGGACAUGGAGCGGGCGAUAAUAGAUUUGUCGGAUGAGGAGGAGCAGGAGCCGCGGCGGAAGGUUAAGGUGGCGGAGAAGGAGGAUUCACAGGUGCCGCUGGCGGAGAAGAUGCGACCGGUGGAGUUGACGGAUUACAUUGGUCAGGAGCAGAUUAUCGGGAAGAAUACGGUUUUGAGGACGUUGUUCGAGAGUAACAGCAUUCCGAGUAUGAUUUUCUGGGGGCCGCCUGGGUGUGGCAAGACCACGUUGGCUCACAUUAUUGCGGCACAUUGUAAGAAACACGAAAAUAUGCGAUUUGUGAAGCUUUCGGCCACGAUGAGCGGAGUCAACGAUGUGAAGGAAGCGGUCAAAGUGGCCAAAAAUGAGCUGAAGUUCAAGCGGAAAACGAUUCUGUUUAUGGACGAGAUUCACCGGUUCAACAAGCUCCAGCAGGACAUAUUUUUGCCACACGUGGAGAGCGGAACGGUGACGCUGUUGGGGGCCACCACGGAAAAUCCGUCGUUCAGCUUGAACUCCGCGCUGCUCAGUCGAUGUCGGGUGAUUGUGCUGGAGAAGCUUGCGGUGGAACCGAUGGUGAAGAUCCUCGAGCGUGCCCUGCCGCAGUACGAGACGGUCAUGUUUGAGAAUAACAACCAGACGCCGGACAUUGGCAAACUUCCGUUUAUUCCAAGAAUGAUGAUCAGCUCGGAGACGAUCCGCUGGCUGGCGGAGGUUUGCGACGGCGACGCCCGCAUCGGCCUCAACAGCCUGCAGCUCGCGCUCAACACGGUGGCCGCCCGCCAGGAGCAGGAAGGCAGCGCCCUCAAACUGAUUUCGCUGGACGAAAUCCAGGAAGGGAUCAAAAAGUCGCACCUGCUGUACGAUCGUAAAGGCGACCAGCAUUACGAGCUAAUAUCCGCGUUGCACAAGUCGGUUCGCGCCUCGGACGACAACGCCGCCCUGUACUGGUGCACCCGGAUGUUGGAAUCGGGCGAAGAUCCGCGCUACCUCGUUCGGCGGAUGAUCCGGAUGGCGAGCGAGGACAUCGGCAUCGCGGACACGAACGCCCUCACGGUGGCCACUUCGACGCUGGCGGCGGUUCAAGCCGUCGGAAUGCCCGAAGCGGACUGCAUCAUUGCGCAUUGUGCCGUUUACCUCGCGAGGGCGCCGAAAAGUCGGGAGGUUUACAACGCAUUUGGCCGGUGCAAGGCCGCGCUCAAAGAGGUGAAGGGACCGAUGCCGGGUGUGCCGAUGCAUCUGCGGAACGCCACCACGAAGCUGAUGAAGGACAUGAAGUACGGGGCGGGGUACAACCUGCUGCACAAGGACCAGUCCGGGUUGAUGUACAUGCCGGAAGGGCUGGAAGAUGAGAACUAUUUCUCGGAGUAGGACGUGGAUGAGUUUAAAGUUAUGUUGACUAUGAUUAUUUGUAAGACAAAGGAGUUAUUAAAGUUGAUUUACGUUUACUAACCAAA